AUGAUUGAUGCAAAGGCAUCUCCACUGGCAAAUCAAACAAACCGGGCUUUUGCUGCCGCACUGGUCCAUGUACUGAAUAAAAAAGAUGCUAUAGGUGCUGCUAAUAGGAAGAAAUUUAUCGAAAUUAUUGAUGAAGUCGAUGGAAUGCAUCAUCUCGUCACGAAACCAAGAGAGCUAGUAUCGGAUGCAGAGGCAUUACGGGACCUAUCCCACACAUUGGUGAGUUCCAUUAAGGUGCAAAGCCUUGGAAGUGUUACUCCAUCUGUAUUUGUGUCAAGUCUAGUCGAUGCAUACGCCAAGAAGAAGAGGAGAAUAGGGACCGCACAACAUGUCCAGAUUCUCUGGAAAAAUAUCGGUCUUGAUGUUUCUCCUCUUCUCAAGAUCUUUAGGGGUUCCGCCACCACGUCUGGACUUACCCCCUUGAAUCGUAAACAGGCUGAACCAGUAGUUCUCUUUCAACGAAAACCUCCAGAAAAGAAAGAGAAGCUAAUGAAACCAAUAGAGCUUGGCAAUAUCGCGGAGGAGAUGACAGAAACAUAUAUGAUUAUUGCACAGAUGUUUGAUAUUCUUAAAAACAAGAAAAAAGUUGCUCUAGAGAACCUCGUUCUUAACAGGACCUCAUUUGCGCAAACGGUGGAAAACUUGUUUGUUUUGUCCUUCUUGGUGAAAGACGGCAGAGUUGUAAUAGUCGUGAAUAAGAAAGGCUCUCAUUAUGUUUCACCGAGGAACGCUCCUUCAUCUAGCCGCAUAAUGUCGAAGGAGGUGGUGCAGUCUCAUUUCGUCUUUAGUUUUGCCUUUGGAGACUGGAAG